UGCCACACUGUUGUACGAAGCAACGUUCUGUUAAGUGAAGGUAUUGAUUUGCGUUGAAUCGAGUUGAAUCGAUUUAAAGGGACUCGAAAGGAUCGAGAAUAGCGUAGAUUGGAACAAUUUAGAGAAUGUUGGCAGGAAGGCGGUGGUUGAAUCGUUGAUUAAUGUGUUAGACUAAAGCGGUGCCAUUGGAAGUAAAAUGGCUGUCAGAGUGAUGGGACAUUUCCUCCGUUCCUAUAAGACAUUAAACGGAGGAUGGAUCGAGAAAGGAAUUAUUACCGCCAACAAGACAGCAGUUUUGUACAAUGUCGAAAGUCGACGUGGUGCGCAUAGAUGGUAUCCCAGCAUGGAAGACUUUCGACACAGUGCUGCUACCGAUGGGGCCCGACAUAUUGUAGAAGAGGAACAAAAGUGGAUUUUUUCUCAUCAUCAAAACUGGAACCAACUGGUGACCAGGGCAAUGCUAGAGGAAUCAGAAUUGCGAAUGGUAACCAUUAAUUUUGGUCCUCAACAUCCAGCUGCGCAUGGAGUAUUACGAUUGAUACUAGAGAUGAAUGGAGAGUACGUUCAUCGCGCAGAUCCUCAUAUAGGGCUGUUACAUAGGGGAACAGAGAAGUUAAUCGAAUAUAAAACGUAUAUGCAAGCUUUACCAUACUUUGAUCGUUUAGACUAUGUUUCAAUGAUGUGCAACGAGCAGUGUUUUUCUAUGGCCAUUGAGAAAUUAUUGAACAUCGAAGUGCCCUUGCGAGCAAAAUAUAUUAGAACUUUGUUCGCGGAGAUUACAAGAAUACUGAAUCACUUAAUGCAAGUUGGAACACACGCUCUUGAUAUCGGUGCCCUGACGCCGUUUUUCUGGUUGUUUGAGGAAAGAGAAAAACUAAUGGAAUUUUAUGAACGCGUGAGCGGUGCCCGCAUGCAUGCUGCUUAUAUUCGUCCUGGAGGUGUUUCUUUGGAUAUGCCGUUGGGUUUAAUGGACGAUAUAUACGAAUGGUGCACGAAAUUCACGGCACGAUUAGACGAAGUAGAGGAUUUGCUGUCAGAGAACAGAAUAUGGAUCGGGCGUACAAAGAACAUUGGAACGGUGACUGUACAGCAGGCGUUAGAUUGGGGAUUCAGUGGUGUAAUGUUAAGGGGUUCUGGAAUCAAAUGGGAUUUGAGAAAGAAGACCCCGUACGAUGCAUACGACUUGGUCGAAUUUGACGUUCCAGUUGGUGAAAAUGGAGACUGCUAUGAUAGGUAUGUUUGCCGCAUGGAAGAGAUGCGUCAAUCGAUGCGAAUUAUUUAUCAGUGUUUGAAUCAAAUGCCGGAAGGCGAAGUUCGAAUCGAUGACGCAAAAAUCGUACCGCCUAGAAGGGAAGAAAUGAAAACGAGCAUGGAGGCGCUGAUACAUCAUUUCAAAUUGUACAGUCAAGGCUUUCAAGUGCCUCCUGGAACGACAUAUACCGCGAUCGAGGCACCGAAGGGUGAAUUUGGUGUUUAUCUCGUAAGCGAUGGUAGUAGUAAACCUUACAGAUGCAAAAUCAAAGCACCGGGAUUCGCCCAUUUGUCAGCGUUACGUCACAUGGGUCCUAAAUGUUUGCUAGCUGAUGUCGUAGCAAUUAUCGGUACUUUGGAUGUGGUAUUCGGUGAAAUAGAUAGAUAACUUGUCUGUUUCGUUUUCACCGAUCCACAGAAUCUACUCGACACGUAGAAAAUCUCGUGGAUACCGCGUCUUUCAUUUUCGUUUGUGUGCGAAUCCACUGAAGAUACGUAUAUAUUUGUGUAGAUGAAAAAAAGAAGGAGAAAGAGGAAAAAAAUUGGAAAAAACGAGAGAAAAAAAGAAAAAAAAAAAA